GAACCGUAGGAUUAUAAAACAAACUACUGAGCAGCAGCCAGCAGGCAGUGAUCAAACAAUGCAAGCUUGAUCAAACCAUGAGGUCCCGGGUGCGAAUUCUCGCCGUCACCCAUGUGGCUCCAGCCCCAGCAGAGGUCCUCUCCAACGACGGCCAUGUCAAGCUAUCGUUCACGGACGCCUUAUUCGUCAACAGGGUGCCCAUGCAGCGGCUCUUCUUCUACGAGGGCCCCGACGUGCCGCCCUUCCAGUCCCUCGUCCGCUCCUUGAAAUCCUCCCUCGCCGCCGUGCUCCCCGUCUUCCGACCCCUCGCCGGAAAGCUCACGCACCGCGCCUCGACGGGCGACGUCGUCGUGGACUGCACCCCGGCCGCGGUCUCGCCGGGCGUCAGGUUCGUCCAAGCCGAGUACGCCGGCAGCAUCGACGACAUGCGCCGUCUCGCCGUCGGCGACGAGCACCACACGGAGGCGUUGGUGCUGCUCGGGCCGGAGCUGAACGUGGCGCGCCUGCCGGCCCCGGUGCUCGCCGUGCAGGUCACGAGGCCCGCCAUCGGGGUUGGGCGCGCCGUCGUGGUUGGGGUGUCCAUCCACCACGCCGUCGCCGACGGCCACUCCUUGUGGCAGUUCAUGAGAGUGUGGUCCGCAGCGUCUCGUGAGCCCGACCUGGUGGUGACACCGCCGCCGACAUGGGAUCGGGCGGCGAUCCCGUACCCCAGAGCCGAGGAGGUGGCCCGCGAGUUCCUGCGCACGGUCGCGCCGGCGCUUCCCGUGGCAAGACCGCCGUCCAUGUGUGCCCCACCGGACCAGCGGAGGAGAAGCUUCCUGCUCCGCGCCGAGGACAUCAGGUCGGUGAAGCAGAGGAUACUGGCCCAAAGCAAAGCCAUCGGCGGCGGACACCUGGGCGCACUCCCAAGCACCUACGUCGCGGUGUCGUCGCUGGUGUGGACGUCCAUCGUCCGCGCAAAGCCCCUAGACGACACCGCCGGCAGCGGCGACGCCUACUUCCUGGUGCCAGUGGACCUCCGCCGCCGCCUCGGCCCGGCGGUCGACGAGCGCUACUUCGGGAACUGCGUGGCGCCCUGCUUCGCGAGGGCCGCCGUGCGCCACCUGCGCGACGGCGGCGCCGGGCUGGGGCACGCCGCUGCGGCUAUCAGCGAAGUGGUCCGCACGAAGCUCAAGGACCCGCUGGGCGGCGCGGAGCGCUGGCUCGAGGACUUCUUCCAGGUGCCCAAGGAGAGGCUCACCCACACGGGGUCGUCCAACAGGUUCAUGGCGUACGAGACGGACUUCGGGUGGGGCAAGCCGAGCCGGGUGGAGCUCGUGUCGCUAUUCACCAGGGGGCUGGUGCUGCUGCUGGGUGCGGAGGAGGGCGGCGUGCAAGUCACCGUGGCGCUCGACCAUGCGCACAUGGAGGACUUCGCAGCCAACUUGGGAGCGGGGACGGAGGUAAAGAAACAGGAGCAACGAUUAUAUAGAUGACCAAUAAACACGAGAGACCGUAUCUUAUGCGUAAGGAGCGCCGAUGCUCCCAUGAGCAAAAUCAAUCCAUACCACACCCUCCACAUCCAACGGUGCUGCGUCAGGGGGGUUUUUGUAAAAUAUUCUUUGCAACUCUGUACAUUUUACAAAAACCCCCUGACGCAGCACCAACGUUUUACAAAAACCCCCUGACGCAGCACCGUUGGAUGUGGAGAGUGUGGUCUAGAUUGAUUUUGCUCAUGGGAACAGCAGGGCUCCUUGCUCAUAAGAUACGGCGAGCCUCAUGAGCCCGGCACACAACCCGCUAUUUAGGUCAGAUCUGAGUUUGACAUAGCCCGGUUCUAUCUAAGUCCGGUCCGGGUCUAGCCCGGCACGGGCGGCGUGCCGAACCCGUUUCGAGUUUUUGGCCUGCCGGGCUAGCCCGAGUAUGGCCCGUUUCUGAACGGUCUAGGACUUGGCCGGUUUAAUAAGAAAACAUUACAAAAAUAGCUCUAUUUUUUAUUUAAAUUCUAUCAUUUAUUUGAGUAAUGUGUAUUAUUUGUAAUAUAUGUUAUUGUAUUUAGUUAUAUCCUUCAAUUAUAA